AUGAUUUUGGGGUUGGCAAGUGCAGAGGGAAACACAUCGUUUGGUGGGGUGAAUCAGAGUGAAAAUGGGAACAAUUUGAGAAGAAAACGGAAAGGAAAAAAUGGUAGUUGGUGUAAACUUGGGUCACGAUGUGAUGUGGGAGUGAUUCGGAAUUUUGUGGAAAAUGAUGGCAAGUGGCAAACAUUGAUAGGUUCGUAUAGGGCUUCUUAUUGGGGAACCAUCCUCGUCAUUUU